GUGAGUUUAUGGGACACCAGAAGUCCCAAACUGAAGGAGGAGGAAUUUGGGGUCACCAUUCAGGAGAGGAAAACACCUCUGGCUCAGGCUGAGCCAAUUCUGGACUCCCUUUGUGUGCACAAGGUGUGUGUGUGCUUCCCCUCAGCCUCCUCAUUUCCCACCCCAGAGAGCUUCCAUGCCACCGCCCCAUAUCCAGGGGGCAGAGAUGGAGCAGCGGUGGGAGCUCACGUCCCUUCCACAGCGCAAAGUUCAUUUGGGAGGCGAGGCGUAGAGCCUGCAUUACUGGCCGGGGGGAUCCCACUGCAAGAAGCACGUCCAAAUGACUCCACCCUGGCACCUCCCGCUGCCUGCUGGAGCCCAGCGGCACAGGGCAGCCCAGAGGUGCCCAACACACAAUGUUCUCCCCACGCUUCCUUGUUCUACCUUCCACUCUCUCAGGAGCUCAGUUAAACACGCCGAGGUAACCAGCCCAGCUGAGAGCUGGGCACAGAACAAACCCCUCCAGCACCAGCUGCUAGAGGAGGGUCCUGGGGUUAUUUCCAGCCAAACAGCAGUGAGCGCACGGGUGGAACCCAGCACACAGAGUAGCCAUCCCCCUGGGCUCAGCCUGGGCUGUAGAUGGGAACACACCGCACAGCUCACCGCUGCCUCAUGCCCCGGCAAUUGUGCGUGGAGAGGAUGGGUCAGAGCGCUGCUGGGAUGCACUGCAUCAGCCGAGCACCACCAGCCCGUAGAAUUACAACUGCACAUCGGCUCAAGCACAGCACACACUUCGGGGGGGGACAAAAAACCCCGCCGUCUCAGGUAUUUACCAAACUUCCCCUUGGUGAUCAUAACAAGAGAACCCUCAAAGCACAGACACUGUCUCUGGCCUAGCUCUGUGGGUUCUUCGGAUGCUGUCCCACUGUAUUUUCUAUUUCUAAAUUUGGGGCUGGUGAGAAGACGCAAGGGGUUUACCAAAAAAGCCUCUGAUGUUCAGAAAGAGCACAUCUCAGCCCCACAGGCACUUACAGGAGCAAUUAGGCCUAGGCAAGUGAACACUCCUUCUAACAUCAUCACAGUUGUCCACACAUUUAAAAAUGAAACACACGCCUGCAGGACUUCCUUUAUCAUAGAAUCACUACGGUUGGAAAAGACCACUGAGAUCAUCCAGUCCGAUCCCAGCCCACCCCCACCACAUCCACUGACCACAUCCCCCAGUGCCACAUCCCCACAGUUCUUGAACACCUCCCAGGAUGGUGACUCCACCACGUCCCUGGGCAGCCUAUGCCAGUGUCUCAUCACUCUUUCUGAGAAGAAAUUUUCCCUAAUAUCCAACCUGGUGCAACUUAAAACACCCCCCAAACCUGCCCGUGAUCUGAGCCAGCCAAGGAGGCAAGGUGGAAGCAUGACCACACUAGAGAUGCAUGCCUUCAGUGAGCAGUGCAAGGAAACUCAGCUGAAUGAGUUCAGGCUGAAGUGCAGCAGACACAGAAAGAAAAACAAAGAAUUCAUUCAUCUCUUAAUUUUUUUUCCCUCCUUUUGGCACAAACCAUGCUAGGAGAAUUGACAUAAAUCCCUGCAGCAGAACUGCACCCAGUACAGGAGCAGAGGUGCCCAGAGCACCCAGGAACACACUGCAGGCCACCAGAGAGCUUCCCUGAGCUCUCACCAGCAGCUGAGGAAAGGAAGAAGGUUAGAGAUCUGGAGGGAGCAUGUGGGGCUGGGCUGUUGUGGCAGGAGGAGGGGAGUCCCAGUGAGAUAGGGCUGCACCAGUUCCCGUUAAUUACACAAUCGCUCUGCUAUGUAGGACCGAUUGCAAAAUCGUUUGGAGGCUAACACAUGAUCUAGGGAGGGGAAAAGAAAAACGAGAAGAAAAGGCUUUACUGCUAACAAAGAAAUACAUCCCAAGAAGUUUCCCCCAAAUGUUCCAUAGGUUCCACAGAUGUUCACUUUCACCACUCGCUCCCACUUAGUGCAGCUCAGCUCAUUCCAUCAACACUCACUUUUGAGUAGCAGAACUCAGAGGUCAAAACAGUCAGAUGUAAUCCCAAGGAAAUGGAGCAUCUAGCAGCCAAGAGCAGCACAUUGUCCCCUUCUUGCAUGAGCAGCUACCUGCAAGCUCCAGAAGCGUGCUGUCAAGAGAACAGCACAUCUCAACUGCGUGAUUAAGGUGGGGGUGCUUGAUUUCUGGGCAGGAAAGAGCAGAAUCUGAAAACAGAGAACCCAGAAGCUCUGGUGAGCAUCAGAAAAUGCCCUGGAGUGGAGCAGAGGGAUGUACAGCUGCGCUCAAGGGACCACCAGAAGGCAGAACAAUUAACCCCCUGUAGAUGUGCUGAACACCCAAGGAUGCUCCCAAGCCAAAGCAUGACCCCAUGGCUGUUGAAGGAAGCAGAUGCUGUGGGAGGAAGCUGUCCCAUCAAUAUUUGCCUGGCCCACAGGCUCUGAGGAGCCAAGAGGUGCUGGGGAAGGGCUCUGCAGAUACAAGCAUGGCUCUGGGCUCACUCUGCAGCACAUGGGGCAGCCCCACAAGUGAGGAAUGUUGGUGGCUGCAGGAGAGCUGGAUCGCAAGGAAGAGCUUGUAGCACUGUGGGCCAAGUCCAGAGAGUCAACAAACACCAUGUCAUUGGGCUGAAGUUCUUGGCUCAGAAACAAUGACUUCCUUCCUACGACAUCCAAAGAGGCAGAAAGAAGAGAAGGAGCAGCCCUUACCCCACUGCUGCCCUCUCAUCCACAUGCAGGAUGGAGGAGGAACCCUCCCUGUUCCAUCCCCAUGGAGUAUUCCGUGGACAGACCUUAAAACUAAAAUCCCAAAGGUUCUCUUCAUCCUCCAGGGAGAGGGGAAAUACAACUCUAUGAGUCUGGAGAGAGGAGAUGCUUUGCUCCAGUGAUGAUACAAAUGGGAAAAAUGAUGAGGGCGCUGAGGGAGAAGGAAACCAAAAGGAAAACAACAGGGAGAAAGGGGCCAACAAAGGAGAAGGGUGUGAGCAAAAACUAGGGCAGCCCAGCACCAUUAAGACCUGAGGCGACCGAGUGACUCAGGCAAGCUAGUUUGGCGUGUAGAGCCAGCACAGCUCCUGCAGCAUGCACCACAUCUUUAUGCUAUGUUAAACAAAACUACUGGGAAAGAGGUGGGAAAACAAAACAGUGGUGUAGAUAAGGCACUCCUGGCCCCUGCAGGUUGGACAUUACAGGGCAAGCAAAGAACUGUUGGUUUCAAGGAGACUAGCCCCAUCACUACAGGAUCCAUCUCCCCUGCAGGGCCACACAGCAGGACGAAGUUCCAGCCUGGAUGAAUAUGCUAUAGGCAGCUACUGCCAAGAUCAUCCCCUCACUGAGGAUGCUAGAAAAAAGCUAUAAAAGGCCUUCUUACAGGAUCACAUUGUCCUGUUGCUUGUUUUCAAUCACAGAGGUGAUCCCUGCCUAAUCCCUCCGUAAUGCUGCCAGGCUGUUGUUCCAAUGGGGGUCAGGGUAGACUAAGGGACAGGAAGGCAUCCCUGAGCACCGCCUGCCAACUCCACUUCCAAGACAUACCUUGGGGGAAGACAUCUAACCUCAGAUUACCAGCAUCCAUCCACACUUCUCUUACCGGAGCUGAGCAAAAAAUGGGAGCUACUAUGGAAGGGCAGAGAAAAGUGGCAUGGUGUGGCAUAUCCAAAAAGCCUGAAGCCUGAUGUUUGCCUCCACCAAGAUGAGAAUAGUCUUUACUUGCCCAAAGUCAGCCCUCAUAGCAAGUUGAGAGAAGCCUUCCUGUCAUAGCAUCAAGAGGGAUGGGUCAAGGUAGGCACCAGGGACACCUGGAGCUGAAUGAAGGACCACGUCAACUGGAGUAGGAAAUGGAAGAUAUACCAUCCCAAGGAAUUGUAGAAACACCAAGGUUGGACAAGACCCCUAAGAUCAUCCAGUCCAACCAUCCACCUACCACUGAUGUUUCCCCACUAACUUCUGUCCCUUAGUACAACAUCUAAACGUUUCUUGAACACCUCCAGGGACAGCAACCCAACCACCUCCCUGAGCAGCUUGUUCCAGCACCUAACCACUCCUUUGGAGAAAAAUUUUUCCCUAAUAUCCAACCUGAACUUCCCCUGGCACAACCUGCAGCCCUACCAGAGCAGGGGAGAACAAACUGAAUAUCACCGUAGUCU